AUGGGUCUGGAAAACACCGAAGCUGCGCUGGCCGAGGCCUCGGGCGCCGAGCCUUUGUCUGUGGAUAAUCUUAACAGAAAGAACGAAUUGGAAAAUGGCACUUCGGCCAUUGACGAGGACGAAGAGGAGGACGAGUACUAUGAUGAUCGCAGCAGCACUUACUCUUCAGGGAAGCUUGCCAGGUCCGACUCGUCGCUGUCUGUGUCGUUUAUUGAUCUUUCGAAGCUCUUGGUGAUGCCAGACUUUGAUUUUGGGAACGGGUUUGACCAGGUCAGUGGAUCUACCAAGAAGAAGUUUAAGGAUAUGAAGGAUAAGACAAGACAGACGUUUAAGAAGUUUACGCCUGACGGGAAGGGCGUGGGCGGCAGAAAGUUCACGUCCCAGGAAUUGGCAAAGUAUCAGGAAUCGCUACAUGCUCGGUUGACCAAGUUCGACAGGAGAGUUCAUGAUAGCUUGCAGAGCUCUUCUACAGAGAAGUUGUUCUAUGCUGCAGCGGUGGCUCUUGUAGCAGCUGCUGGGUUUAUCAUUGGAAAGUACCCAAAAUACUUCCCCGUGUUUCAUACUGUUCUUUUCUGCUCCCUUAUGCCGAUCAGGUUUUAUACGUACUUCAAGUUGUCGUUCCAGUACUACUUGGCUGACUUGUGCUACUACGUGAACCUUUUGGUUGUUUUAUUUAUUUGGGUUUUCCCUCAAUCCGAGUCGCUUUUCAUUUCGUGCUUCUCGUUGACUUUGGGUACGCUUUGCUUUGCUGUGAUCACCUGGCGUAACUCUCUUGUUUUGCACUCGAUUGAGAAAACCACAAGUUCAUUUAUUCAUAUCAUGCCGCCAAUUACAAUGUUCGUGUUGGUCCACGAGCUCCCAGAGAGCUAUAUUGCUGAAAGGUACCCUGGAAUUGCCAAUAUUGAAAAAUGGGAUUUCGUCAAUGGUCUCGUUUGGACCUCCAUCUACUAUACCAUCUGGCAAGUGUGCUACCACUACUUCAUUACCGUGCGUAAGAGAUCCCAGAUCGCCAAGGGUAAGGUCACAUCGUUCACAUACCUCAAGCACAAGAACAGUGAUAGCGUGUUGGGCAGAUUUGUCAAUUCUCUUCCAUACACUUGGAUGCAGAUUGCUGCUUUCACGUUGAUCCAGUUUGGCUACCAGAUGUUAUCCAUGCUUCCGUGCCCCAUCUGGUUCAGAUAUAAGCAUGCCUGCGGAGCAUUUGUUGCAUUUAUUUUUGUCUGGUCCGCUUACAAUGGUGCCACAUACUAUAUUGAAGUGUUUGGCAAGAGAUUUGAAAAAGAAGUGAACCGUCUCAAGACCGAAAUCAACGAUUUGCAGCAAAGAGUCGAGCGUCAAGAACUGCUCCGACUGACGCCACAAUUUCUGCCCGUGAACGCCAGCUCACUUUCAAGCACUGAAAACAUUGCCGAGUUCAGUCUCCUGGAUAAGCCAAAGGACAAAUAA